AGGAGGGAGGGAAGGAAGGAAGGAGGGGGGAAGAGAGCCGGAGUCAAAUGCAGGCAGGCUAAUGUAAUGAUCUCCAGGAAUCCUGGGUUGCCUGCUGACCGGACUUGGACUGAAUUGAGUUGCCUGCUGUAAAACAACAGAUGAAAGAGGCUUAAUAUUGUGUGCUUCUGUACUAGCGGCAUUGCUGAUGGAUAGAAACAGGACUCAGUAGUUCACUUGAAAGGGUAUUGUUCAGCAAGGAAAAUACAUUUUCCCUUGCAUCUCAAUCACCUCCGCCAUGGACUCUUCAAUGAUCCUGCUGGAGAAGCCAGCCAGCAAUGGCGCCCCCUGCAGUUCUGAACACUGUGCAGACCUUGAGGCCAAGUUGAAUCAGCCAACGGAAGGAGGUGGCAUCAAUAGUACUAGUGCAAAUGACAGCAAAGGGCCCACUGAAGGGGAAGGCGUGGCACCGAACAGCAGUGAGAACCCUUCUGCAAAUGGACCAGCGUCUUGCUACCCAGCACCCCCUGUGUCUUUUGACCCAAACGACAACCCACGCACGGAAGAGCCAGCUCCAGGUGUGCCUGGUUUCCAUGACAAGCUAAAGUCGUCCCAGGGAGCUAGUGCUGAGGGCAUAGUUCUUAGGAAGGAGGCGUUGCAGUCCCUCAAACUCAGUCUUCCCAUGCAAGAAACCGAAUUGUGUUCAACAGGCUCUUCUCUCCCAUUGGAGAAGGAAGAACAAAUCAGGCUACAGGCGAGGAGGCGCUUGGAAGAGCAGCUCAAACAGUACCGCGUAAAAAGGCAUCAGGAAAGAUCUACAGCCAAAAACCGUCUUUCCAGCACCCUUGAUCCUGAGCUGAUGUUAAAUCCAGAGAACUUGCCAAGGGCCAGCACUCUCGCUAUGACAAAAGAGUACUCCUUCUUGCGAACCAGUGUCCCACGGGGGCCGAAAUUAGGAAGCCUGGGACUUCCGCCACACUCAAAAGAAAGGAAAAGUUCCAAAUCCUCCAGGUCAAGUCGGAUCCGGUCGCUGGCAGAUUAUCGAACUGAUGACGCAGAGGGGAAUGCUGGGGGAACGGGGAUGGUUGCCGAUUCACCUGGCGGGUCUCUAAAGCAGAAUCGAAGCAGCGUGACAUCGGUUGUGUCCGAGAUCAGGCUGACUCCAGACCCAGAUGACCGGCUGGAGAAUUCCUCCUUGGCGGGAGACAGCAUGUCGGAAAUCGAUGGGAGCGAAGUAGGAAUGAGACUGGAUGGCAACGAGAGUGAUAGUUCGACCUACAGCAGUGUAUCGGGGAGGGGGCCGUACGGCACUUUACUCGGUGCAGAGAGCAGGCAGGGUGUUUCGUUCACGGUCAACGGCCAGGAGAUCCCUUUGGAUGCUGUUGGGCAAUUUCCUUCCAUCCGGGAAGUUCUGCAGGCUGCAGCAACGGAGCAUAGCCAGGAUCAGGAGAUCAAUGGGGAACCCAGGAGUCGGAGAGACAGCAUUUCCAGCAGUAUAUCCAUGGGAAGUUCUAUCACAGGCACCCAUGACGAAAUGUUGCAGGUCUUGAAAGAGAAGAUGAGGCUUGAAGGACAAUUAGAAGCGCUGUCGUUGGAAGCCAACGAGGCUCUCAAAGAAAAGACAGAAUUACAAGCCCAGCUUGCUGCUUUGAACAUGAAGCUUCAGACCCAGACGGAGCACAGUCAGAGCAGCCAGCAGAAACAAGACUCCCUGAACUCGGAGGUGGCCACCUUAAAGCAGUCUUGCUGGGACCUGGAACGAGCCAUGGCAGAACUGCAAGCUGCGUUGGAGGCCAAGAACGCAGGCCUGGCUGCUUCCAGUAAUGAUCUGCAGGUGGCAGAAGAACAGUACCAAAGACUGAUGGGAAAAGUGGAAGACCUACAGAAAAGCGUUCUUAGUAAGGAUAGCACAGUUCAUGAUCUCCGACAGCAGCUAUCAUCUUUACAAAGCCAGCUCCAGCAGGUGCAGUUGGACCGCACAACGUUGGCCAAUAAGCUGAAAUCGUCUCAAGCAGAGAUUGCAUCACUGCAGAAAGUACGGCACUGGUACCAGCAGCAGUUGGCCGUGGCACAAGGGGCAAGAGUUAGACUGCAGAGUGAGAUGGCAAAUAUACAGGCUGGUCAGAUGACCCAGGUAGGCCUGUUGGAACAUCUCAAGUUGGAGAACGUAACACUCUCCCAUCAGUUAACGGAGACUCAACACAGAUCCAUCAAAGAGAAGGAACGGAUAGCAACGCAGUUGCAAAACAUUGAGGCUGACAUGUUAGACCAGGAAGCGGCCUUUCUCCAGAUUCAGGAGGCUAAGACCAUGGUGGAAGAUGACUUGCAGAGAAAAUUGGAGGAGUUUGAGGAUGAGAAGGAGCAACUUCAGAAAAUGGCAGAUUCUGCAGCAAUGCUGGAACAGGAGCUAGAACAGAUGAAAUUGACAUUGCAUCAACGAGAUCUUCAGGUUGAGGCUCUGCAGCAGGAGCAGCUGGAUCUCAUGAAACAGUUGACUUCCACUCAAGAGACACUGCAGACCAAGGAGCAGUCCCUGGGGGACCUUCAGACCUGUUACGACGAGCUAGAGGCCAGGUGGACGGAGUUGCAAGAGGAUGCCACCUCGAAGGACGACACCAUCCGAUAUUUGCAGAAUGAGAAGAUUGUCUUGGAGGUAGCUCUGCAGGUAGCCAAAGCAGGCAAAGAAGGACUCGAAGAAGGAGUCCAACGUUUAGGAGACAACACUGAAUUGGCAUCUGAUGUUUUGGAGCAACUGAAGCAAGAACUAGCCAUAAAGUCAAGUCAGGUGGAAAAUCUUCAACAUGAGAGUGCUAAUCUCAAGAAGCAGACACAGAAGGUGAAGGAACAAUUCCUGCAACAAAAGGUGAUGGUGGAAGCUUACCGCAGAGAUGCAAGUUCAAAGGAUCAGCUAAUCAGUGAGUUGAAAUCUACAAAGAAGAGGCUGGACUCUGAAAUGAAAGAGUUAAAACGGGAGCUCCUUCAGCUUCAGGGCGAGAAGAAAUCGGUGGAGGUGGAAAACUCAAGACUGGCGAAGGAAGUGUCUCGGGUUCAGCAGCAGAUAGAGGAAUUGGAAAGCCAGCUUCAGACAGCACAGAGAGAGCGAGAUGGCAUGGAGGCAGAGCUGCAGUCUUUAAAGUUUGACAGAGAGCAAAUGUCUGCUCUUGCUGAGAUGAAUGAAGCAUUAAAACGGCAGGUUGAUGAAAUGCAACAGGAGACGAAAAUGGCCAUUACUGAGCAGAAGCAGAAAAUGAAGCGGCUGGGAUCAGAUUUGAGCACUGCCCAGAAAGAUAUGAAAGCGAAGCACAAAGCCUACGAGAAUGCAGUUGGGAUCCUCAGUCGCCGGCUGCAGGAAGCCCUCACCGCAAAGGAAUCGGCCGAAGCAGAGCUGAACAAGUUAAAGGCGCAAAUCACUGACGGUGGAAAUAGCCAGGCUGGUUUGGAAAGGAUUCAAGCUCUGGAGACGGAAUUGCAGACUGUCUGCCACAGUAAAAUGGUACUAGAAAAAGAGCUGCAAGAAGUAAUUUCACUCACCAGCCAGGAACUGGAGGAGUACAGAGAGAAAGUCCUUGAACUUGAAGAUGAGCUGCAAGAAGCCAGGGGCUUCCGGAGGAAGAUUAAACGUCUGGAAGAAAUGAACAAGAAGCUCUCCCUCGAACUGGAACACGAACGUGGAAAGCUCACUGGUCUUGGCCAGUCCAACGCUGCUCUGCGGGAACACAACCGCAUCCUCGAAACAGCGUUGGCCAAGAGGGAAGCAGAUCUGGUACAGCUGAAUCUUCAGGUCCAGGCGGUUCUGAAGCGUAAAGAGGAGGAAGAUCAGCAAAUGAAGCAGCUCAUUCAAGCCUUGCAAAUGGCCUUAGAAAAGGAGAAGACAAAAGUCAAAGACCUUAAAGAACAGGUCGCAACAGCCAAAGCUGAAGCAGGGCACAAUCGCCGUCACUAUAAAGCUGCUGCUCUUGAACUCACCGAGGUUAAGCGAGAGCUCCAGGCCAAGGAAGUGCUCAUCCAAGCCCUCCAGGUUGAAGUAGAUAAACUGCAGGUUGAAGAUGGGAAGCAUUCAGAAGAAGUGUCCCAGUUCCAGCAAGAGUUGGAGGAAGCUCGGUCCCAGCUUCAGCUUCUGCGGAAGCAGCUGGAUGAGCAACUCAGCAAGCAGCCUCAAGAGAAUCAAGAGGUCGAAGACCUCAAGUGGGAAGUGGAACAGAAAGAGAGAGAAAUCCAAACCCUGAAGCAGCAGCUAGACCUGACAGAGCAACGCAACCAGAAGGAGUUGGAAGGAGUACAAGUCGUCCUCCAGAAUAUCAAGGCAGAAUUGGAAAUGGUCCGGGACGAUUUGUCCUUAACCCAGAAAGACAAGUUCAUGCUUCAGGCAAAAGUGACUGAACUGAAGAACAGCAUGAAGUCUCUACUACAGCAAAACCAGCAGCUGAAGCUGGACUUGAAGCAUGGAAAGAUGAAAAAGAGAAAAGAACUGAAGGGAGAGACAAAUUCUUCAAAUCCUGUGACUCCAGUGAAGAUUCCAGACUGCCCUGUCCCUGCAGCAUUGCUGGAAGAGCUGUUGAAACCCCCAUCAGCUGUGAGUAAAGAGCCCUUGAAAAACCUCAACAGCUGUCUCCGGCAACUCAAGCAAGAGAUGGACAGUCUUCAACGACAGAUGGAAGAGCACACAAUAACAGUCCAUGAAUCCAUGUCUUCAUGGACCCAGAUAGAAGGGCAGUUAACGGACCUUACUUCUAACUACCCUGCGACUGCACCAGGCAACCAAAAUCUUUCCGUUGUAGACCUGAGGGAACAUAAUCUAAGCGCUGGUGAAAAGGAAGAACUCAAGCAGUGACCUCACUGGCUGUUGUUUUACUUCUUAACUGCUUU